UGUUGAGAGCACAGUUUGUAAACUGUGUGUGGGUGGGGAAAGUCAGCCUAAAGUUUGUGAGUGUGAUGGAUGGUUUUCCUGUUCAUUGAUGCUGCAGCACUGCUCUGCAGUCAUGUCUGCAUGCAACACCUUCACUGAGCACGUUUGGAAACCAGGGGAGUGCACAAACUGCUUUAAGCCCAAGAGCCAACACCGACCUCUAGAGCAAGCCAAUGAAAGCAAAACGAACGCUAAUGCCAAACUUGCCAACAUCAGCCAGAGGAGAAUCUCCUCAUCACGUGCAGGCCAGGUCCGCCCACCUGUUGCCAAAAAACCUACCAUUGCGGUGAAACCCACCAUGAUGCUGCCAUGCUCCCCACAAGGAUUGGACUCUGAGGGAAAUGUGGCAAGGCUUUCGGAGGGAGGGCAGGUCAGUAAGACCUCACCUUUCACUGUCUGGAACCACAACAGCCUGAAUAGCAUAGGACCUGUAGGAACAAACAACAAUCGAGAGGAUUUAGUUGGGCAGACAGAAGCAUAUAGUGCUGUCCCCUCACAGCCAGCUAGCAGUAACAGCAGCGGACUGACUGAUGUGCUGAAAGAGAUUGCUGGUCUGGGAUCUUCUCCAGGCUCCAGCAGAGAUGACUUCUUCGGUCGGAUCUGCAGUUCGUAUCGGCGCUCAUUAGAGAGGGGCCUUCCAGGUUCAAGUUGUUUCCAUGCUGGGAGUGGUGGCCAAGGAGCUAUGAAACGUGUUUCCCUCAGUGACAGUGCAGAGAUUAUCAGCUCAGAGGGAGGACGUUUCUGUUAUCCAGAGUUCUCCAGUGAUGGUGAUGAUGAUGAGGACAAUGAGAGUGGUGAUGAGGAUGAUGAUGAAGAGCAUGACAGUUGGGAUGAAAGUGAUGAAGAGUUGUUGGCAAUGGGGAUCCGAAUGCGGGGUCAGCCUCGUUUUGCAAAUUUCCGUGCAGCCACGCUGUCCCCGGUUCACUUCGCUGUAGGGAAGAAAUGGAAUACAGUUCCUCUACGUAAUCGCUCACUGCAGAGAUUCUGUGCAGUGGAUUAUGAUGACAGUUAUGACGAGAUUCUCAAUGGAUACCCAUCUGUGGACUCAAAUGGAGCUCCUGUUCUUCUCUCGUACAGAUCUGAACACCAAGGUAGUGGCUUUCUGUCCACCUCUGAGUCCACCACUUCACCUGAGUCCUUGAUUUCUCUGCCCGAAGAAUCCUGUGCUGGCAGCAGUAGGUGCACUGGUGACAAGAAGAAUGGUCUACCAUUGUCACCUGGCAAAGAACAUUCUGCCAGAGGACUGAGCUCACCAAAAUCCAAUGAAACACACAAAGCUGUUCUAGCUAUCCGACUGGAAGAACAAGAAGACAGUCAAAGAGAGGGUCGGGCUCUCCCACAGGCCCUCCCUGGCCAGCCAAUCACCAUCAGCUUCAGCCCAACUGAGGAACAGGCCAAGCCCUAUCGAGUGGUGAAUCUUGAGAAUGCUCCAAUCUGUAAGCCUUACACUGUGGUGGAUGUGUCCGCCUCUAUGGCCACAAAAGACAAUCACACUCACGCUAAUGAAAGUACUCCAAAGCCAGGCUGCUCCAGUGUUGCAUUCAGCCCCUCUAACGACCCCAGUCCUGUCUCACCCACCUCCCCUCAGUCACCCAGACCUACCGUAUCACCUGUGGCAUCUCCAUCCCUUUCAAUGUCUCCUUUGAUGCCUCAGUCUCUUGCAGUUUCUGCUUCUGCAAGACCUAGUGCUUCUCGCACAAAACCUGGCAGUAUCCGUUACCAAGAGGUGUGGACGUCUUGCACCAGCCCGCGACAGAAGAUCCCUAAAGUUGAUUUAACAAGCGGCAUUGCAGCUCCAAGACUCAUCAACCACAAAUCAGCCCCCACCUCUCCAACAGCAGGCUUCGGCUCUGCACGCACAGUCCCAACAAAAUCCCCAAAUUUAUCUGAGAUCAAAUUCAACAGCUACAACAAUGCUGGCAUGCCUCCGUUUCCCAUCAUUAUAAGAGAUGAGCCUGCAUAUGCACGCAGCACCAAGAAAGCAGUGAAGGUUCCCAUCUUAAUAAAUCCCAGUGCUUACGAUAACCUGGCUGUGUAUAAGAGUUUCCUGGGGCUCAACGGUGAGCUGCCCCAUUCCAAGCCUGGGGCAGGAGAGCGAGUGGCCAGCCACACAUAUGAGGAGAUUGGAUCCUCUGAGAGUGUACAGCCCCCUCCUACUGAGCAGACACCUCAGUUGAAGCACUCACCAGAUGCAAAUGCUAACAGGGAACUGAGGACAACCCCAGCAUUAGCACAGACCGUGAACGAUGGUAAAGCCAUAACCACAACAGGUCACUUCGCCCUUCCUGCUUGUAACCUGAGCCCCUGCCCUGCCUCUGCUUUUUUGACCCACAGAAGUCUGGAUCACAAUUGUAAUCCAAGUGGGGAGCAGCCACCAGAGGGCAGCAGAGAGGGCCAGGUCACAUCCACCAGAGGUUCAGGUCAGAGAGAGAAAGCAAGUGCAGUUCUGUCUCAGAUUGUGGCCUCAAUUCAACCACCACCAUCUCCUCCAGACUCCCCUGCAGGAAAAAGUAAGACCUGCAGCAUAGAGGAGCUUUACUCGCUUCCACCAGAUGCCUCCAGAGACACUCUUAUCAGACCCAAAUCACUUCACUGCGCUACAGAACCUCACAAAGAGACACGAUCCAAACUCUUGCCCAAAUCCCAGAGUGCCUCUGCUGCUGUCCCCCCCUCUAGCCCCAGAUCUGAAACUAGUGCCCCAUUCCCCCCAGUCCGAUCCAGCUCCUCUCCUUAUCACUCAAGCAACCUGCUCCAGAGACACUUUAGCAACUGGACCAAACCAGCUGGGGCCAAGCCUAGUGAUGGUGAGACCAGCCCAGGUGCAGAGGGCAGACGUUCGGCUGAUGCCAACAAGCCCAAGCGCUGGAUUUCCUUCAAGAGCUUCUUCCGCCGGCGGAAGGAUGAGGAUGAACAGAAAGAGAAAGUGGAGCGAGAGAAGGAAAAAGGAAAGCUGCUGGGAUUAGAUGGUACGGUCAUCACCGUAUUGCCCCCACCGCCUGUACAGAGACAGCACUGGUUUGCGGAGUCCAAGACAGAUGAUCCUCUCCAGAAACCUACAAUCAUAUUUACUUAUAAAUCAGAGAGCAUCACGGGUGGAGAAGAGGCAGAACUUCGGGUUGAGGAGCACCAAGAGACCUUAAAUGUUACAGGGGAAGGCGGAGCUUCCAGCCUAUCAACUCCACCCAAGAGCAGAGCCAGUCUCCUUAUAAGCAAAGUCAUGAAUCAGCUUCCAGUUCAGGAUACUGAGACAUCCUCAGCCACCUCGCUGCCUGCUAAGCUGGAGCUGUCACCCCUGCGUGAGCAGUCUGCCUGCUGUCCACCCCCAGUGUCGCCCACUUCACACAGCGGCAGGCAAGCAGAGCAAGAGGAAGAGGAAACCAAUAACACCAUCUCUCACACUCCUGCAUCCAGCAGCUGCAGGGCUACAUACACAAACCUGGGCCAGUCCAGGGCCAACAUGAUCCCUGUAAAACAUCCCAGACAUCCUAAAACAUCUGAUGACACUUCAGCCUCUGACCCAGAGGUCAUCGAACCCAACUCUAAAGCCACCCCUCCGCCCCUGCCCAAAAAGUCAGCCCCACGUGCUCAAACAGAUCCGUCCGCUGUAGGUAGAGAACUUGCAGCCCCACGACCCAAAGGAGAGGCAAAACCAGGUGGAACCAGUCUGAGCGUCGCCAAUCCACUCUACGAUCUUGAGUCCACAUGGGAUACGGCCAGUCAAAGUUCCUCGCUUAGCUCAGAGGCACGACAUCCUGAUGAAUCUGGAGAUUCCCUGGAGCGUCCCACAGGUGGGCGGAGCCUGUCCUGUCUGACCAAUAGCAGCGUCAUGCAGGCUUGUGAUCGUCGUGGCUACCGCAGUACAGAAAGUAUAACGACCAGGAUCCGUGGGGCUGGGAGGCCCGCUAAAGCACAGAAACAGGUGGUUUAUAGAGGGAUGGAGAGCUGGGAGGAAGUGGUUGGGAGAAUUCGAGGGCUGCACAUGGAUACGUUGCGCAAACUGGCAUCAAGAUGUGAAGAUCGAUUCAUGGCUGGACAAAAAGAUCACUUGCGCUUCGGGACGGACAGCUGGUCUCACUUUCGGCUGACUGCAGGAAAACCGUGUUGUGAGGCAGGAGAUGCCGUUUACUACAUGGCAUCUUUUGCCAAAGAACCUCUGAUGAACUAUGCUGUCAAGAUCUGUAGAGGUGUGGUGAAGGAGACACAGCAGCAGUUUUUUCACAGUCUGGCAGUUCGACAGAGUAUUGCUGUCCACUUCAACAUCCAGCAGGACUGUGGCCACUUCCUAGCAGAUGUUCCAGCCCGCCUGCUGCCCUGGGAGAAAGAAGAGUACAGAGAUGAUGAGAGCGGCAGUACGGAAAGUGGAGAGGAGGCAAAAGCGAAGGAGGAUUAUGCCGAGGCAGCAGGCGGCAAACUGUGCAGCCGAGUUGUUGUGAUCACACGUGAGGUGCCAUUUCAGACGGUGGCCGAUUUUGUCCGUGAGGGCGUAGAGCGUCACUCACGAAACCCUGAGCUCUACGAACGUCAAGUGUGUCUGCUGCUACUGCAGUUGUGUGCGGGACUAGAGCACAUGAAACCUUACCACGUCACGCACUGCGACUUGCGACUUGAGAACCUCCUGCUGGUGCACUCCCAGCCCAACAACCCCUGGAACCUGGAGUCGCUGGAACCCAACAACAAUGCUGCAUCCGGACCGUCCUCUGCUGCCGCCUCUGCUUGCCCUGCCCGUCUCAUCAUCAGCAACUUCUCUCAGGCCAAACUAAAGAAUGUGGUGAUGGAACCCGCCUCGAUCCGAGACCAGUCCCGUCUUGCUCCUGAGCUUCUCACUGCCACUCAGUAUCGCAAGUGUGAUGAAUUCCAGACCGGGAUACUGAUCUACGAAAUGCUGCAUCGGCCAAACCCAUUUGAGGAAAGUCCGCAACUCAAAGAGAGAGAAUAUUGCAGCUCUGAUUUACCCCAGUUUCCCUUGCGUUCCCUCUACUCGAACGGCCUUCAGCAGCUCGCAGCCUUGCUGCUCAACCCCAACCCUUCCGAGCGCAUCCUGAUGGCAGACGCCCGGGCGUGUCUGCAGUGUCUACUUUGGGGUCCACGAGAAGAUCUGUUCAGUUCGUUGAACCCUGGCGCCGGGCCUGUCCAACGGCUCGUUGUCCUGCAGAACUGGUUGGACCUGAAGCGAACGCUGAUGAUGAUCAAAUUUGCUGAGCGUUCUUUGGACUCGGGUUGUGGCGUGAGUCUCGAAGAUUGGUUGUGCUGUCAGUAUCUGGCCUUCGCUACCACAGAGUCUCUCAGCAGAGUGAUCAAAAUCCUGCAGCAACCGCAGGGCGUUCUUAUCUGAUCACAGCCAAUCCCGCCGCAGAAUGAUGUCGCAAUGGAGCGCAACAGUGCCCGCCCAAAUUUUCAGGCAAUUUAGUUCCAAAAUAUUUCUUCCAUGCACAACCAACCAGCUCCCAGGCGAAUUACAACAUUCCAAUUUUGCUUUUAAGCCAAUAAGUAUUUGAAAAUUGGACAUAAAGACAAAGUUUAAAGACUGUGUAUUUAAUGUCUUUCAUGAGGGCAUGAACUACAAUCCCAUGAAGUAUUGCAAAUGAUGCAAUCAAAUUUAAAACCAUUUAAAAACAUUGAGUUCAUGGCAACUCUGUAUUUAAAGAUUUAUAAGUUAUCGUUAAAAAAUCAAUUAGCCUAUCGAGACAAUGAAUGGCAUGUUUACUUCCGGAACCUGACUGUUGCGCUCUGUAGUGACCAAUUAACUCUGUGGCACAGGCUGGGACAUGUGCACACGUGCGCUGUACAGAUGUGUGAGGUUUUUUUUAUAAUUUUAAUUUGUUGUUGAAUGUGUUUGCAUUUGGUUUACCAUGCAGAGUAAACAUGAGUCAAAACAAACCAGUUUACAAGAUGAAAGUGACAACGUGAUGUCAUAUUUACAGAUAAUGGCACAUUUAUAGAGCUGCUUUUUUGAACAAAGUAAAACUGCAUAUAUUUUGUGUAUGUGUGCGUGUUGUGAGUUUUCUGGCAAUGUGUUUAGUUUGGCUUUUCACUCUGCUGUAGGGACUCGUGAAUAUAUCAGCAGAAAACCACUGAUCCGACAAACUGUAUCAAGAUUCCAGUCACUCAUUAAAUUCAGAUAAUAGAAAUACAGUAACUAACAUAUUACAGUGUGUUUAAGGGCCUAAGGUGUCACUGCAAGAUAGUGUACAUCUGUGGAGAAAAACGGACAUUAGGUCACUGAAUGAAUAAAUGAAUGAAUUUGAAUUUAUAACAUGCCUUACUUUAUAUCUAUAUGUGUGUGUGUGUUUGUGUGAGAGAGAGAAACAAGGACGUAAACAAACUUUCAUCAAUCAUUUCACUCAAAUAUGUUGUUAUAUCAGGAUCUGAUCGCAUCAUACAGAUUAGUUUGAGGUUACAGAUUGGAUUAAGAUAUUUUUCUACCAUAACAAGAGCACUGUAAAGUUUACCAAAGACUAAACACCCUGAAAAACACAGAACAAAAGAUAAUUUUCAUUUUACAUUUGACAUAAUCAAGAAUAUUCUAAUAAUCUCCCUCAUAAAGAAAGUGUCCUUAUGCAACUACAAUAAAUGCAGUUUGGUUCUUGACAAGCAUUCGAAUCAUAGAGAUUGGAAGGCGCUCAACUCAAAACAAACUAGAGUCACUCCAGAUUAUGAUCGUAGUGUCCACACCUGAUGCAAUGGCUCUCGAAAAUGUUCAGGACAACCCAAACCCUGACCUUAUAACCUUACAGGAAUGUUAUGACCUGGACAUUUGUGAAUCCUUUCUUUGAUUUAUGUGCAAUCAUUAAAUUGUAUUAAUUUUGUUACAGUAUUUUAAGAUAUAUUUAAUGCACUUGAUAUUCUAAGCAUGGUGUUAUUCUUUUAUUUUCCUGCUUCAGUUUGGCACAUAAUUAUCGAGAGCGAGAGCUCAUAGAUCAAACCCCAGGAGGUGUGAGUGUGUAUGUGAGGAUAUUUGAUGGAGUGAGAAGCAUUAGACUGAACCAGUCAUUUUAUGUUAUACUAAAGUGUGUGUUCGGCAUGUAGACAGACCACCCACAACAGGUUGUUUGGAUAUUUACAGAAGAAAAAUGUAUUUCAUGUUUGAUGGUGCAUUAGAAAUGGUUCAUGUGAGGUCAUUGGAUUGUCUCUGUCAGUCAUAAAACGAGGGCGGGACCACAAGUUUACACCCAAUAGCGUGUCUUCCAUUUCCAAAAUGGCAGUUCCAGUUCCAUCAAUUUAUUAAAAAGAAGCAAAAAAGUGUGUGUGUUGUGUGUGUUGUGUUGUGUUGAAUGUUUGCGGGUCACAGCGUAAGCAUGUUUUUGGUAGUCAGUGAGCAAUAUAUUUGUGUAUAAUAAUUUGAGUUUAUUGAAAACUAUAAAGAUCAUUACAGAAGUUUUAACUUGAUGAAAGUGUCAGCAGAUGUCUGUAACCUGGAGAAAGUGUGUACAUUUGUGAGAGAACGUUUGUGUUUUUGCUCAUCCACCUUCAGUUUAUCUGUUUUUAUUCAAUCAGCAUCAUUUCACAGAAAUUAUGUAUUUACUGUUAUUUACAACUUCACAACUGCUUUUUACCUACAUGCAUAUCUCAUGGUAUUUUGCUCUCCAUUACUGAGUUAACUGCUCAUAAUAUAAUAUGAAUGUUUUUAAACCAAGUGUUUUUGUGUUCCCUAUAAAAAGUGUAUGUGAAAGUCCUGUUGUUUCGUGUAUUGCCUAUAGAGGGUGCAGAAAUCACCCUUGCUUAUGCAAUAUGGACCUACACUUCACUCUCCAAGUGUGUAAUCUGAUGCCUGCUGUGUCAUUUCCUCAUGUCUCAGCAUUUUUAUGAUUCACACAGAGUAAACACAUACGGCACACCUUUAUUUAAAUCCCAAAACUCACACUAUAACUGUUCUUGCAUCUGUUAAAGGAAUAUUCCAGGCUCCACCAACAAAAUAUCAUUUACAAUAAAAAUAAUAAUAAAAAGCAAAAAUCGAGGUUAGAGUGAGGCACUUACAAUGCUUGUUUAUGGGGCCAAUUUUUGGAGGGUUUAAAGGUAGAAAUGUUAAGCAAUGUAUAAUUUUAUAAAAGCACUUACAAUUAAUUCUUCUGUUAAAACUUGUGUAUUAUUUGAGCUGUGAAGUUGUUAAAAUUGUUUUAAUGCUUGUUUUAGGGUUUAUGUUGUCUUGUCAAAAGUUGUAAAAUUGGAUACAACUCUUCAGAGAAAAGGUUUGUAAGUGAUUUCAUCACACUAAAGUCAUGUUAACACACAUAUUGUUUGUCUUGUGGUUAGUUUGACGUUUCAGUUAUACUUUAGAAACGGUGAGUAUUUUAUCGUUUACAGAUUGGCUCCAUUCACUUCCGUUGUAAGUGCCUCCUUGGAAGAAAAGGAGGGACAAGUUGAAUUUUUGUGGUAAUCCACAUAAUGCCACAAAUGCUGUUGAUUAAGUUUAUCUUGUUUUGAACCUAGAAUAUAUACACACACACAUACACACAAACACCAUGUUUCAUGAUACUGUAUUUAAACUUAAAUGAAUAAAGGACAGAUUUAUUUACAAAGGCAAAA